CCUCAGCUCCCCGCUCCCCUGCCGGCCGCGUCGUACGUCGAGCACCAGAAGGCCGUCACGAUCAGGAACGACGUCAACGUCAAGAAGGAGACGGUUCAGAUCGAGGAGGAUGAGGAGAAUCCCGAUGUGGUGAGAGAUGAUCCCGUCAACGUCAAAAAUAAUACCAACCGCCGCCGUCGUCUCUGCAAUUGGAAGGAG